CACAUGCGUGAUUAGCUAGUCUGGUGGAAGUUGGACAGAAUGGCAGAUCUUUACCACUGCUGCUGCCUUACAGCUCUGAGGAUCUGGAUUUCAUCCUCACAAAAUGAUGAGAGGAAUUGAUUGGUUAGAACCAAUCUUGCCCAGCAGAGGGGUAAUCAUGCUCCAGAGGACACUGGUUGUAGCUGAGGGGAGGGAAAGAUUUAAUAGGAACCUGCUGGGUACUUUUUUCACACAAAGGAUGGCGGGUGUAUGGAACGAGCUGCCGGAGGAGAUAGUUUGAGGCAGGUACCAUUGUAACGUUGAAGAAACAUUUAGACAGGUACAUGGAUAGGACAAGUUUAGAGAGAUACGAGUCGAAUGCAGGCAGGUGGGACAUGUAGAUGGGAAAUGUUGGCCAGUGUGGGCAAGUUGGGCUGAAGGGCCUGUUUCCACUCUGUGUGACUAUGACUAGCCUUGGGUGCUCUCUGUGAGGCCUCUGUGGGUUGAUCACAUGGGACCACAUGUACCAAAGACUUGCUGGCUGUUAGCUUGAGCAAAACACAGUGUGCUGGAGGAACUCAGCUGGUCAGGCAGCAUGUGUGGAGGCAGUGUGUGUGCACAUCAGGGAAGAGGACUGGAGAAGUCAAUGUUCCUACUGUUGGGUUGUAGGCUACCCAAGCAGAAAGUGAGAUGCUCUUUGUUUCAGUUUGUGUGUGUGGCUCCAUUCUGCUCGAGAACUUAUGAACCCUGGCUUUGCAUUUCACUCCCCAGCUCCAUUCCUUAUCUGACAUCCUGUUAUAUCCUCCAAACCUCCAGCAUUUGUCAUUUACUCCACCCAUCCGCUAAUGAUUCUCCACUCCCUUCCUCCCCGUCCAUUAGUCUGAAGAAGGAUCCCCACCCGAGAGAUCAUCCCUCCUUGAGAUCUUCCAGCACUUUGUUUCUUGUUCGCUCAAGAAUCCAGCAUCUGCAGUCUCUUCGUGUCUGGCUGCUUGCUACAUGGCUAGCCUCCUGUAAAUAACCCUCUGGGCAUUUGGGCAUGUGACCGAGAGUGAAGUGCAGGAGGGAAAUGGGGCGAAUGUGUUUGAUUGUUCUGCAGGAAGCUGGCAUGUGUCCAAUGGGCCGAAUUACUUCCUCCUGUGCGGUGCAGACUGAAACUGGCGUCGCCAGUUUGAGAGGCUCCACAAUACACCGCCUUAUUCCAAAAACCCUUGCGUGAGAGAUUGCGAAUGCCAAUUUUGUUUUUUAACCGUGCUUUAGCCGUGCGGUGUUAUUUUUCCUCAAGUCCCCCUGGUAUCUCUUCCAUGCAACGUUUAUAAAGAUCAAGUGAGCCGUGUCGCCAGCCUGCAAUGGUUAAUUGCUGAUAAGCACGCAAAAGAUCAUCACAGUGAUGUGACCGCAGCCUUAGGCAAACGGGACCUGCCCAACGUUACUGCUUGAGAUGCAAUUGAAUGUGAAAGCAACAGGCUAGAAGCGCGGGUGAAGUUGGUGAAAUCAGACUGACUCCGGCUGUUCUCUCCACAACCAUGUGUAGCCGGAAUAACACGACCGACUCCGAGUUCGUGAAGACUUUCCAAUACGUGGUCCACAUCCCAACCUUCGCCCUGGGACUGGUCAUCAACUCAACAGCGCUCUGGAUACUCUGCUUCAGAUUGAAGAAUUGGACAGAGUCCAUGAUCUACAUGACCAACCUGAUAUUUUCCGACCUGCUUCUGCUGUUCUCGCUGCCUUUCAAAAUGCACGCCUUCCAGAAAAGUGGAGAAUGGCAUCUGGGUCCCCGCUUCUGUGAGUUUGUGGAGUCCCUGUACUUUGUCAACACCUACGGGACCAUCCUGUUAAUCAUGCUGAUCUCACUGGAUCGCUACAUCGCUAUCGGCUAUCCCAUUCUGGCAAGGACGCUCCGGUCUCCAAAGAAAGCCGCCGUUGCCUGCACUGUCCUGUGGCUCUGUGUCUGGUCUGCUAGUAUUCCCAAUUACUUGCAGGAAAGCCCCAUUACCCACCAGUGUUUCAUGGGUUUUGGUGAAUUUUGGGACAACGGAGUUAUUCCCCUGGCCAUGCUCGUUCUGUUUGCGAUUGCUGCGUCUGCUGUGAUAUUCUGCAGUGUCCGGAUUAUAAGAACAUUACGACGGGUGGUCGUGGAGAGAGAAGGAAUAAACAUGAGCACGUCUAUGAAAAUAAUUUCUUCCAAUCUGGUAAUGUUCCUUCUCUGUUUCACACCCUAUCACGUCGCCAUGUUACUGUACUUUAUGGCAAGGAAAUGCUACAUGCCAGUCGAAUACCAGGCGCCCCUGCGUGUGUUUCUCCAGGUUUCUCAGUGUCUGGCAACCACUAACUGUUGCCUGGAUGCCAUGUAUUACUAUUUAAUCAUUAAGGAAUUCUGGAAAUCAAAACACAGAAUAAUACAGUGAAUUGUUGCAUUAUUUCAAUCAGUAUAAGAUGACUUCCAAAAUGAAGCGAGCCCUCAUGUUAGUGGAUCAAAUGAUUUGUGAUGAGAGUGGACUGGUGGAACUGUACCAACGCAUACAUUCAAAGUAUCUCCCUAUUGCUUUGUCAUCUAUACUUUUGUUGUUGAAAAAAGUUACUGUGUUCCACAGGGCAGACCAAAGACAGAGGGCCCGAAUGCUUGACUGUAUUGUGACCAGUUCUACACCUCUGUAUAUUUAAUCUAGCUCAGCUGGAAAAGCAGUCUUUCCAAACCACGCAGUGUUGGAGGAACUCAAUGGGUCAGGCAGCAUCUGUGGGAGGAACGGACAGGUGAUGUUUCAGGUCAACAUCCUUGUGGGACUUUCCAGUUGGUUUCAGAGAACAAUAUUUGAAAUUUCAGAUUGCGCUGAUUCCUUUGUGCUGUUGGAAAUUGGUUUGGAGCAAACGGGAAGAUGCAGCUUGCUGUCUUACUCAGUAAAGUGAAGCAUCAUGCUUCCACCAUUGCAGAAAAUUGUGCUCUAAAUUAGGCUCAGCAUGGUUCAAUUAGUUUGAUAACUGCAUCAGAUUAAGUUUGAUUCAUGGCUCUCUUUCACAUGGCUACUUUGCACGGUGACUUUGCAUCAGUUAAGGAUUUGUGAAUAAACCUGCACAGAGCGGACUGGAAUGGAUGCAAUGGACCAGUGAUGGGAUAUUGAGGCACCGAGUUUGGAGUCAGCUGUUCAGGGAGUUCUGGCAUGAACACGGGUGCUGCCCCAAUGCUGGACUGGAGGUUGGGGAAGAAUAUAACACCUGGAGAGUGAAUCCAAGCAAUCAGAGGCACUCACCCCCCACAAAAUCCAGAGGGACUCACUUGAGCAAUGAUGAGAAAUCUAGUUCAAUUGGUGCAAUGGAGUUGCAUUCAUCAAUGUCUUUUGUGAACAACUUCUUAAUAAUGAUGCAUGUAAAAUCUGUUCCUAUAAGUUAUCACCUAAAACAAUCUACUUUCUUCUGUCACAGCCUGCAUUACACACCUGAUAUCUUCACAAAUUUGUAAUCGAUUGAUGCAGUUGCAAAUUGUUUGUGAGAAAUUUGGUUUUGUUUAACCAAUAAUACAAUUGAUAGGCAAUGUGGUCUGGAAACAUAGAAAAAUAGAAAUUAGGCGCAGGAGUAGGCCAUUCGGCCCUUCGAGCCUGCACCGCCAUUCAAUAUGAUCAUGGCUGAUCAUCCAACUCAGUAUCCCGUACCUGCCUUCUCUCCAUACCCUCUGAUCCCCUUAGCCACAAGGGCCACAUCUAACUCCCUCUUAAAUAUAGCCAAUGAACUGGCCUCGACUACCCUCUGUGGCAGAGAUUUCCAGAGAUUCACCACUCUCUGUGUGAAAAACGUUCUUCUCAUCUCAGUUUUAAAGGAUUUCCCCCUUAUCCUUAAGCUGUGACCCCUUGUCCUGGACUUCCCCAACAUCGGGAGCAAUCUUCCUGCAUCUAGCCUGUCCAAACCCUUAAGAAUUUUGUAAGUUUCUAUAAGAUCCCCUCUCAAUCUCCUAAAUUCUAGAGAGUAUAAACCAAGUCUAUGCAGUCUUUCUUCAUAAGACAGUCCUGACAUCCCAGGAAUCAGUCUGGUGAACCUUCUCUGCACUCCCUCUAUGGCAAUAAUGUCCUUCCUCAGAUUUGGAGACCAAAACUGUACGCAAUACUCCAAGUGUGGUCUCACCAAGACCCUGUACAACUGCAGCAGAACCUCCCUGCUCCUAUACUCAAAUCCUUUCGGUGUAUCUAUCCAUCUGAACAUCAGUAGACAUCCUUUUGUUCAGUGUAUUGUUCGCCACGGGUAUAUUCCAUGGCAAUGGAGCUCUUAAUCCGCAAUGCUCCCAGCCUGAAUGGAAUUUCUAAAGAAAUUUCAAGUCAAGAGGGAGGCAAAUGGUAAAGUUUGUGUGCCGGUGCAUCAAAUAAUCACGAGGAAUAUUAAACAGAAGAAAAGGCAACCUAGAUUGGAUGAAGCAAAAUAUGAAAUGAAACAAGGAAAUAAUAUAACAGUAGAUACUUAAAACAUUCAAAGGAAUUGCUAAAGCUAGGUAUGGUUUUCUCAAUCAUAAGAAGCAAGUCUAAUAGAGAUUUCAAUUCUAAAACUGAUGCUUAAACUGAUAAGAUAGCCUUCCAAUGAAAGAUUAUGGAGGUCUGAAGGACUAGCUGUAGAAAUGGAAUGGAAUUAUUGAGUUACCGGGCUAUAUUGAUACGCACACACGCUGGGCUGUUGAAUUAAGUCAAAGAGAUGGCUGAGUGUAUGUCCAUGUGUUUGGACUGUUAAAUAUGUAAAUUGUGCAAUGGGACUGCAGAGGAACCACUUAUUAGUUAAAAAAAAAACCACAGAGAUAAGGCAAUCUUUUUCUACUGCUUUAUUUAAUUCUGAGAAUCCAUAAUUCAAAAUAAAAUGAGACAGCAAGUGCAAAUUCACAGAAUGAUGGUGCUUAUCUUGUUGGUUCUUUGCUCUUACAAGCACUGCAAAAUAUGUGUCAUGUUCCUGUAUAAACUAUGAUAACUGUUGACAAAGGUGGGUUGGAUUGAACCUCCUUGAGGGGAUAUUCAUUCGCACAAUACUUGUGGAGACAAUGGCAAUGUCUGGUGCACCACUGGUGCAUUUCUGCCAAUUUUCAAUAUAGCUAUUGUAAAUAAUGAAUGUAAGAAUUUAUAGCAAAGAAUUGUCACAAAAUUACGCCAACAGCAUGCUGUCAUGUAAUGUUUGUAACUGAUAGUGCAAAUAAAUGUGCGAUUUCAGAAUGUAUUUGAGAUUCACUUUAAACCGAGGCUGGUCUGUUUCCUAUCUGUAAAAUUAAUAGUUCCCCAACUUCAAAUAUUCUUUGACAGAGUUGCUUCCUCUUCUGUAGAAGGAGGCAUGGUGUACAGAAUUGUAAAGUGGCAAACUGCUAAAAGUGAUUGUGUUUCUUGUACAUUUUCUAAUGUAUGUGUUACUUGUGCUCAUUAAGGCUGUUCACAGUUGGUCGAGGCAACGGAAUCGAGUAAUGGAUAACAAAGGACAAAGGGCAUUUAUUGUCACAUAACUAGUAACGUGCGGAGAUCUCUGGUUAGUGCGAACUCGGCGAGCCGAAGAGCCUGUUUCCGCACUAUAUCUCUAAACUAAACUAAAGAACUAAACUCAAUUGGUCAGGCAACAUCUCUGGAGAAAGCAAAAAGAGAUGCUGCCUGGCCCGCUAAGUUAGCCUAGCAUUUUGUGUCUACCUUCGGUAUAAACCAGCUUCUGCAGUUCCUUCCUACACAAGUAAUGGAUGACCCUAAUGUACAAUAAUGGAUUACCAUAAUGUCUGAAGAAGGGUUUCGGCCCGAAACGUUGCCUGCAUUUCCUUUGCUCCAUAGAUGCUGUUGCACCCGCUGAGAUUCUCCAGCACUUUUGUCUACCCUAAUGUACAUGUCUUCCAAUUAUAGCCAGAACAGUUAGACUUUAGUCUUUAGAGAUACAGCGUGGAAACAGGCCCUUCACCAGCAAUCGCCCCGUACACCAGCAUUAUCCAACACACUAAGGACAAUUUAUAAUUUACAGAAACGAAUUGAUCUACAAACCUUUUUUGUCUUUGGAGUGGAUUGGCAGAAACUGGAGCACCCGGAGAAAACCCACAUGCUCACAGAGUGAACAUACAAGCUUGUGGCACUGUAAGGUAGCAACUCUACCAUUGAGCCACUGUGCCCCGCAUACUGUUUUGGCUCUACCUGUAGCAAUGUCUGAAGCAUUCAGCAAUUCGUAAUAUCAUGGAAUUAACAGAAUUUGUACACAUUUAUCUUUGAUGAUGCUGGAAAUUUGAAAGGAGGGGAUGUGAGGUUAUUCACAUUUCCAUCCUUGGGAAAGAUGUUCUGACUGUCUACCCUAUCUAUGCCCCUCAUA